CGCUAGAUACCUAAAUACGCACAAAAAAAAUUAUUUUACCAUUCGGUUUUGCGGUUGGCUUCUAUAGUGAUUUGGUGCGCGAGUGACUGGCUGCAGUAGAGCCGUUCAUUCAACACAAGCGCGACACUUGGCGAUGAAGCUGAAAUCACCAGCUACAGAAGCGUAAUCUCUUACAUUGCCAAAAUUACGGGCGGAAUUAAAUACAACUCUCUGUCUCCGGCCUCUCAAAGGAGAGACAGGAGGUUCAUCAUGUCUGCUAAAGAGAGAUUAAAAGGGAAGGUGACCAAAGACAGCGUUACCUUGCUGCCUUGUUUCUAUUUCGUUGAGCUCCCGAUCCUGGCCUCCUCUGUGGUCAGCCUGUAUUUCCUGGAGCUGACCGAUGUGUUCAAACCGGUGCGGUCGGGUUACAGCUGCAAUGACCGCAGUCUGAGCAUGCCCUACAUCGAGCCCGCUGAGGAAGUCAUCCCUUUCCUCAUGCUCUUCAGCCUGGCCUUCGCUGGACCUGCAGCUACGAUAAUGAUAGGAGAAGGUAUCCUGUAUUGCUGUCUGUCUAGGAGAAAGACUGGAGUCAAAACAGAGGCCAAUAUCAAUGCAGCCGGCUGCAAUUUCAACUCGUAUAUACGGCGUGCUGUUCGGUUUGUUGGGGUCCACGUAUUUGGACUGUGCAUCACGGCUCUCAUCACUGACAUCAUCCAGCUGUCGACAGGCUACCACGCCCCAUACUUCCUGACAGUGUGUAAACCCAACUACACCACGCUCAACUUGACCUGUGACGACAGCUCCUUCAUCACAGAGGACUUCUGUUCUGGAGGAGCAGGCCCAGCCGUCAUCAACGCUGGCAGGAAGUCCUUUCCCUCGCAGCAUGCCACUCUGGCCGCCUUCGCUGCUGUCUACAUCUCUAUGUACUUCAACACUACGUUGACGGACUCCUCCAAGCUGCUGAAGCCCCUGCUGGUCUUCUCCUUCAUCAUGGGUGGCAUCAUCUGUGGCCUGACCCGCAUCAUCCAGUUCAAGAACCACGCCAUUGACGUCUACUGUGGCUUCCUCAUCGGAGGAGGGAUCGCCGUCUACCUGGGCCUGUAUGCGGUGGGUAACUUCCAGCCUAGUCAGGACACGUCCAGACAGCAGCCCCAGCUUCCCCCACUCCGCGAGCCCCCCAGGAGCAACACCGUGCCCAACGUCAGCCAGAGCGCGGGGCGCCACCUGCAGCCCAACAGCCUCAACAGCAUGAACAGCCUGAACAGCGUCAGCACCGCCGACAGCCUAACCGCCACCCACCCCGCGACUAUCCUGACCCGGGUCCCCUCCCGCCGCGAGUCCAGCUCCCUGAACAACCUGAAGAGGGCCAGUGCUGACGUGGAGUGCAUCACCACGUCAAGCACCCUGGGUAAACAGGACAGCCUGGUGACCUUUAACAGUAGCACGUUACCCAGGUUGCACGGCGGCUCGCUCCCCGAGGAGCACCGGGUCUCGCGCCGCCACGCCAGCAUCCACGCCUCCAUGGACUCCACGCGCUCCAAGCAACUGCUCUCACAGUGGAAGACCAAGAACGAGAACCGCAAGCUCUCACUGCAGGUGAUGGACAGUGGGGUGGUGGUGGGACGCCACCAUUCAACAUCCUCCUCCUCCUCGCCCCAGAGGACCAUGGAGCUGAGGUGCAGCUCUGAGCCGUCAGCCAUGGGCCUGGAGGCGGAGCUCUGCGCUCAGGGCCAUAUCCCCGCCCAGUACAUGAAGCUGGCAGCUAGCAUCGUGCCGCUGUCCAACCACCUCCCCCACAACGGGGGCAGCAGCGGGCUGGCCACGGGGGCCCGAGUCUCCAUCCAGUCCCGGCCAGGCUCCUCCCAGCUGGUCCACAUCCCCGAGGAGACCCAGGAGCACAACAGCAGCAACUCCACCAGAGAGGAUGAGGAUGACGAGGACAGGGAGGAUAACUACAUCGGCAGUGGGAUCCCUAGCGGGGGUGGCUCAGUGCGCUCCAAGUGGCUGAAGGUGGCCAAAGAGGGCGCCCCCUGCAGGACUAACAGCCUAACUAACCAGCCGCGCAUCAUGCAGGUCAUCACCAUGUCCAAGCAGCAGGGUCUGCUCCAGCACGGCAGCCCCAAGAGCUCUGAGGAUGGUAGCGUGGGCAGCUGCACAGGCUCCAUCCGUUACAAGGCCCUGACAGACCAGGAGCCCGGCCAGGGCAUCGUGAGGGUGGAGGCCCACCCAGAGAACAAGCCUGUGAUCAAGCCUCCGGACGGCGGUGGCUCCUGGAGGUGGAAGCCGCAGGAGCAACGGGGCAGCAUCCGCCACUCCUUUGAGCUCAACGACCUCAACCGCGACUCGGAGAGCUGCGACUCGCUCAAGGAUGGCUACGGCUCCAUUGACGAGAGGAUGAGUCAGACGGGCACGGACACUGGCAGCGAGCAUGGCGGUGGGGGAGGGGGUCACCCCCACGUACACCACCCACACUACCACCACCACCACCACCACCCCCACCAGGGCAUCACCACCAUCCGUGUGACCCCUGUGGAGGGACUAAGUGGAGGGGGCAGCGAGGCCGCCUCCGAGACCGUUUCCAUUGCCUCCAACCGGGAGUCCACCCUGCGGAAGAAAGGCAAAAUCAUCCUGCUCCCGGAUAGAGGUCCAAGUCCGGACAACUCCAUUAACUAUUUCAAAGGGACCUCCCCCACACUGCCCCCCACCCUGGGUCUGGCGUAUAGGGAGUGAACAGCUGCACAGUCAACACUUAUUCUUACCAUUCCCCCUUACUGCCCAUGUGGUGGCCCUGUCUGUCCCCCCCAUGAGUGGCCUUCUACACUGGAUCUAGUCUGGAGCCCACAAUAAGACUAAUGAGAACAUUCAGCUCAUAAACGGCUGUAUAUUAUCAAAUCCAUCAUGGAUUCAGUGGUGUUAGCUGGGCUGACUAAAUUGUCCAGUGCAUUCUAAAGGUCAUAGUUCAUUAGAACUAGCUUAGUGUUUCUGGUCCAGGAAGGCAACUGUACGGUACAUAGUGGUUUUUCCAUUCCCCAAAAUCGGAUAAUUCUUCAUUUUUUGCAGUUGUUUACUGUUAGACCUGGUUUGAUAGGACAGGACUACCUUUAUUGGUGUGUGUUCUUUGAGAAAAUGAAACUAUAGCACACACAAUAAUCCUUUAAGAAUGCAGAAGAUGCUGGAAAAUCGCUACAAGGUAAUUUUUCUCACACUUUUCAACCAUCAUUUCAUUAUAUAAACUUUGAUCCAUUUGAGAAGCACAACGUCUAACUAUUUUUAUAUAGUGGCUAUAGUGGUUUGAACUUAGAAUUUGAUACUAUUUGUUAUCACCCUGCAAGAGCCUUUGAUGGUAAUGAGCCGUGCAAGUUGUUUAUUAAGUUGAUGGACAUUAUAUUUUGUAGGCCUUUUCCAUUGACGUUCUGUUCUCUUUCUCAGCAUAUAAAUAUCCCUGUGUAAUGUGACUGUCAUAGUGUGUUGCACUGCAUAGUAACUGCAUAGUAAAUGCAUAGCAACGCUAGAGGUGCUUUUCAUAAUACGACUUUCAUACAUUUAGUACCCUGACAAUUGUGAAAAUAAAUGUUUAUAUUUUUUGCUUUGUACUGUACAUAUUUAUAGUACUCUGAUUCACAUGUCCUCAUUUGCUUAUUGCUAAUUAUUGUUAUUCAAAGUUGUUGUUUUUGGAACUUUAGCAGGAUAUGCAUUGGUUUGGCAGGUGAUUUAUAACAGAGCAAUGCUUAAAGAAAUCCCCAAAUAUUAUCGCUGGGGUUGCAAAAUUUCCCAAAAUGCCCAGGUUUUCCAGAAAUCCUGAGUGAAUUCCCCCCCAACGCCAGGAUUCUUCCAACCGGGAUUUCUGGAAAACAAUAUAAUUUGUUUUUCUUAGCUCACAGUGGUAUAGCAAAUAUUGUAUGUUAAUAGACAACCAGGGGCAGUGGAUACAGUAUGUAAAAUAAUUGAUUACUAGGGGCAGUGGAUUAACUAUGUAAGAUAAUUGCUUACUAGGAGCAGUGGAUACAGUACCUUAAUCAAAUUUGUUUUGCUUAAAGACCGGAAAUUCAAGAAGGUCUUUGUAUCCUUUGUUGCCUUUUAAAGAAGUAUACUAACAAGUAUUCGCUGUUAGCCACAUUUUGAUAAAGUAACCUUUUUCCUAUCAGCUCUUAUAGCCACCUGAAUGAAAAUCUAUAACUCCUGUACAAGUUAUGAAUGCUACUUACUUUGCGCUCAAUUCAUUUUCAAGUAAAUGUAUCUACUGAUGAGUGUAAUACAAUGGAAAUCACUCUCGGGAGAGGCUUCUCUUCCCAAACCAUUGCUAUGCGCACAAUAAUUGGUCUAAUUAUCCGGUUUGAUUUUCCAGAUUGGACAAUGUGACAGCCACGCCAAUGCUGGGGACUUUGGUUGUGCUGUUAGAUUAAAUUAAAUCAUACAUUAGUGUCCCUUGGUCUAUAAUGUAUCAUGUACGAGUCACGACUGAAGCCCUGUUUAUACCUGGUUCUAACAUGCAUCCUUUGUCCUGAUCUUGUUCACAUUCUGAUUGUGCCGGUGUAGAUGAUUAAAAUACGCAUUGUGAUCGGAUUGUGAUCAGAUCUUUCAGCCCACAUCCGGAGGUAGUCAGAUACACAGAGGUAGUCAGGCACACAAGUGUAGACAGAUGUGGACAGUGCAACCAUUUAAAUCAUCAUUAUCUCGCACUUUAAAAUCUUUGACAGAUGGCACCAUUGACUUAUGUCAUCAAUAUGUGUCUUAAAAUAAAUAAAUAAACAUUAUUUUGAAAGAAUAGCGGUCAAAAAUGUGCAUACAGGGAGGAACCAGGAAAUCUGGUACCAAUGCAGACACAGUGGACAGAUUAGGUUUUUCAAAUUUUUGAGAGCUGAUCUGAUUUGUCAAAAGACCAAUUUGUGAAACAAAUUACCUGUGUAAACGUAGCCUUCGAGACAUUUUAAUACCGCGUUAGACGCAUUUCUGAAAAUGUGGGCACAGUGUGGACAAGAUCAGUACAAAGAACGCAUGUUAGCGGCAGUUAUAAACAAGGCUUGAGAGAAGAGGUUGUAUAAUGCCAAUAUCAUAAAUUAUUAUCCCGAGUGGCGCAGUGGCCUAAGGCACUGCAUCGCAGUUCUAGCUGUGCCACUAGAGUUCCUG